AUGGGUUCUGGUGUCUCCAAGGUCAUGGAUGACCUCUUAGAAGACACGAAUUUUGACAGAGACGAAAUCGAAAGAUUACGGAAACGGUUCUUGAAGUUGGAUAGAGAUAGUUCUGGCUCCAUAGAUAGAAUGGAAUUCAUGUCGAUACCUGGUGUUUCUUCUAAUCCGUUAGCAGGAAGGAUUAUGGAGGUGUUUGACGCAGAUAACAGUGGAGAUGUGGACUUUCAAGAGUUUAUAACAGGUUUAUCCAUCUUCAGCGGACGUGGAAGCAAAGAUGAAAAACUAAAAUUCGCCUUCAAGAUAUACGACAUUGACAAGGACGGCUUCAUCUCGAACGGUGAACUAUUCAUAGUGCUGAAAAUCAUGGUGGGAAAUAACUUGGAAGACGAACAAUUGCAGCAAAUUGUCGAUAGAACGAUCCUGGAAAGCGACAAAGAUGCUGAUGGGAAACUCAGCUUCGAAGAGUUCAAGAGUGCCGUGGAAACCACAGAAGUGGCUAAUUCUUUGACAUUGAGAUGCGAUAUAUGA